AUGGAGAAGGUUGCUGAAGAGACGCAAAGGAAGAGGAAAGCUCAUGAGGAGGUGGGCAAUGGCGAAAAUGGUGGGAGUGUUGGCCUUGGUAUUGAUGGCAUAAAUCCUCAAAACCCUCGCAGCAAUUUCGACGUCUUCGCCAAGAACUGGUACUUGUACUUGGAGGGUGAGAAAUUGACAGUGGUUGUGAUUUUGGGAGUUGCUGGCUUGGGUGGAGGAUGGGGAGGAGUUGGGGUUUUGGGUUCAUGGGGCCUAGGAUGGAGGGUGGUUGUUGGAUGGGUUUGGGUGGAGAGUAGUUGUGGGAUGGGUUUUGGGGUUGGAGCUUGA